CUCGGCCACCCAGGCGCACCCUGCUCCCUCCUGCCUUUUGUGCUGCUUUGGGACCACAGCAGCAGGCGCAGAGUUCAGCCUAUGGGACGCUGGCAGCGGUUUCCCAGUGACGGAAAGUCCUCACACAGCUGAGCUGUCCCUUGAGUGGCGCAGGCGGAACCCCUGUCCUGCCUGUCGGAGCAGAUCCCCGAUUCCAUCUUCAUGCAGCGCCAGUCAGUGUUUACUGCUUGCAGCGUUUGUGAAAGUAUUAUGAGGGAGGCUGAGGACACCACGCCCCGGACAGAGACGCCAGCCCGGGACUAGCAGAGCACUUCCGGGAGGAUGCUGGGCGUCUGCAGGGGAAGGCGGAAAUUCCUGGCGGCCUCACUCACCCUGCUGUGCAUCCCGGCCCUCACCUGGGUUUACCUGUUCGCUGGGAGCUUCGAAGAUGGGAAGCCCGUGUCCCUGUCCCCGCUGGAGUCCCAGGCCCACAGCCCGCGGUCCCCGGCCUCCAGCCCCCGGGAGCGUGAAGGUCUGGAGGCCCGGGUGCGUGAGGUGGAGGAGGAGAACCGGGCCCUGCGCCGCCAGCUCAGCCUGGCCCGGGGCCGCCCGCCCGCCCCACGCCGCGGCAACCACUCAGGCACCUACUCAGUGGAGGAGGGCACGGGCGACAGCGAGAGCCUGCGUGCCGGCAUCGUGGCGGGCAACAGCUCCGAGUGUGGGCAGCAGCCAGCCGUGGAGAAGUGUGAGACGAUCCACGUCGCCAUUGUCUGCGCCGGGUACAACGCCAGCAGGGACGUGGUCACCUUGGUCAAAUCCGUCCUCUUCCACAGACGGAACCCCCUGCACUUCCACCUCAUCGCCGACUCCAUCGCAGAGCAGAUCCUGGCCACACUCUUCCACACCUGGAUGGUGCCUGCUGUGCGCGUGGACUUCUACAAUGCGGACGAGCUCAAGUCGGAAGUGUCCUGGAUCCCCAACAAGCACUACUCUGGGAUCUACGGCCUCAUGAAGCUCGUCCUCACCAAGACGCUCCCCGCCACCCUGGAGCGGGUCAUCGUCCUGGACACCGACAUCACCUUCGCCACCGACGUCGCGGAGCUGUGGGCCGUGUUCCACAAGUUCAAAGGGCAGCAGGUCCUGGGCCUGGUGGAGAAUCAGAGUGACUGGUACCUCGGGAACCUGUGGAAGAAUCACCGCCCGUGGCCGGCGCUGGGAAGGGGCUACAACACAGGGGUGAUCCUGCUGCUGCUGGACAAGCUGCGCAAGAUGAAGUGGGAGCAGAUGUGGAGACUGACGGCGGAGCGGGAGCUCAUGGGGAUGCUGUCCACAUCCCUGGCAGACCAGGACAUCUUCAACGCUGUCAUCAAGCAGAACCCCUUCCUGGUGUACCAGCUCCCCUGCUUCUGGAACGUGCAGCUCUCCGACCACACCCGCUCGGAGCAGUGCUACCGGGACGUGUCUGAUCUGAAGGUACCACGUCUGGACAAAAGGCCAUGCACCCACCAACUUCGCCAAGUGGCGGACCGCCACCACGCCUUACCGGGUGGAGUGGGAGGCCGACUUCGAGCCCUAUGUUGUGGUGAGGCGGGACUGCCCUGAGUAUGACCGCAGGUUCGUGGGCUUCGGCUGGAACAAGGUGGCUCACAUCAUGGAGCUGGACGCACAGUCUCCUCUCUCCACAGAGCCGCAGACAUGGGAGGGCGUGUGGGCAAUCACGGGUCCAUCCUGGCUGGGGAGGCAGUGGCAGGUGCGGGGCACGGGCAUGGGCACGGGCACGCCAGGAGACCAGAGCACGGCGUGGCUUCCCUGAGGAAACGUUCCUCUGUGCUGUGCGGUGCAGCCGGGGCCCCGGGGACAGCAGGCCAAGGGUAUGACGUAGCCACUGGGGAAAGCCCCCGGCGACGUGGCACCCACCUGCGGGGACCUGGAGGAGGGUUGGUUGGUUCUUUAUCCUCAAAGUCACUCUUAUUUUGUUUUGAUUUGUUUUAGUUUGGGGGAUUUUGCUUUAUUUUGGUCUGGGAAAACGGAAAAUCAGGUCCUUCAAGGCUCUAGAGGAAAAUGCACUGCCUCCACCAGCACGCCUCCGUCAGCAGGGACAUGAGGGAAAGGGUCCCCGCGGAUAUUCGGGCUCGGGCUGCUUCCUCCAGGGGUGGUGCCGGGGCCCGGAGCACGGAGUUCCCUGCGCUGAGGGGCCGGGGGCAGUGAGGCCCUGGGGACAGUGACCAGUCCUCGAGGGGAGGGCCGGGGAGGAGGCCAGGAGCGCAUGACCCUGGGGGACUGGAGUGGCCUGGGAGCCGAGUUCUGGAGACUCACGGGGCUGCGUGGGGCCGCAGGAGAUCGGAGUCGGGAGUGGGAGGAAGUCCCAGCCUCGGUCUCCCGGGACUGACCUGGCAGCAGCACCCGCACGCCCCACAGACUGAGGACGCUGGACUUUUACCGUUUCUUUACUCUUCACUGUUCAUGUUGUGUUUACACUGAGGAGAAGAGGCGGUGCCCUCCUCCCGGGGCUGUCUGUACCGAGUUGCCAUGUGACCAGCGAAAGCUGCAUUCAAUAAACGGAAGUUCAGACUGUUC